AUGCGACCCUCAACCACCCUCCGCCCCGCACUUCGAGCUCUCCAACAGCUCCAAAAACGAACCUAUUCCACUCCCACUCCCACUGCCAAACCUCGCCAUCUCCUCAGCGUCGCAGAUCUCACUCCCACCGAAUUCACCUCUCUCGUUCGCAAUGCCUCCUCCCAUAAAACCGCCAUCAAGGCGGGAACCACACCAGCUGGUUUGAAGGAUACACUCAAUGGCAAGACCAUCGCGAUGAUGUUUAGCAAGCGAAGCACCCGCACGCGAGUCUCGACCGAAGCAGCGAUCACGACCAUGGGUGGUCAUCCUAUGUUCUUGGGUUCCGGGGAUAUCCAAUUGGGUGUUAAUGAGUCACUUUAUGAUACCUCGGUGGUUAUCUCAUCGAUGGUUUCCGCGAUGGUAGCACGAGUAGGAGGACAUCAUGAAGUCGCAGGUCUGGCGGAACAUAGCAGUGUACCAGUUAUCAACGCACUAUCCAACGAUUUCCACCCUCUCCAAACGAUUGCCGAUUUCCUCACCAUCCACGAAGUGCUCGGGAACAAAUCCGGGAAGGGACUCGGUGUUGAGGGGCUAAAGGUUGCCUGGGUAGGAGACGCAAACAACGUCCUCUUCGACCUCGCAAUCGCAUGUCAAAAGCUCGGCGUCGAAAUCGCAGUCGCUACACCAGAAGGCUACUCCAUGCCCUCCCGCAUGCGAGACCUCAUCCACGCCUCCGCACCCACCUCCCGCUCCCUCCUCACCGAAACCACCGUCCCGGAGGAAGCCAUCAAGAACGCCGAUAUCCUCGUCACCGACACCUGGAUCUCGAUGGGACAAGAAGAGGAAUCUGCCAGACGACUGAAGGCCUUUGCUGGCUACCAGAUUACGGAGGCGCUUGCAAAAAAGGGGGGUGCGAAGAAGGGGUGGAAGUUUAUGCAUUGUUUGCCGAGACAUGCGGAGGAGGUGGAUGAUGAGGUGUUUUAUGGGGGGAGGAGUUUGGUGUUUCCGGAGGCGGAGAAUCGGCUUUGGGCGGCGAUUGCGGCGAUUGAGGGAUUUGUUGUUAGGAAGGGUGUGUUGGUUUAG